AUGGACUUAGAAAGCUAAGUAGGCCCAGAAGAUUUAGCAAGGAGCCUUAUUAGAGAGUUUUUUUUAAAAUUAGGGUAUAAAAACUCAUUAGAUAUAUUUGAAAAAGAGGAUAAAAGACCUAGGGUAAAAAUGACCAAGCUUGAUUUAAUUAAGUUUCUCUCAAUGGAGAGACUAAUCAAAAAUAAUAAACAAAAAAUUCAACCAUAAUAGACCAUGCUUGAAAUCUUAACUGAUUAUUUAUUUUCGAAAUUCAAGGGAAGAUAAACAAAUGGAGGAUUAAGUGGUGAUAAAACCAAUACAAAUUUAGAUGAAGGGUAAUCUGUUUAUAGUUAAAAUAUUAAAAAUUAAGAAUAUUAAGACAGUCUUUAUGGUUCUUAAACUAAUAUAACAAAUAAAAUAUCAAAUGCAACAGGAUUUAAUAUUCAUAGGCCUCUAAGUGAUAAUAACUAUUCUAAUAAUGUUUCCACUGGAAAUUCAAAUAUAAGUAACGGCAGUAAUAAUAUUGGAGUAAAUUCAUAUUUAAGCUAAAAAAAUAAUGGACAUAUUUCUGGAUUUAGCUCCCAUAUUAGCAACAGUACAAAUAAUAGUAAUAGCUAACCACAUUCAUCAAAUUAAUCAUGGAUUACACAAAAUACUUUAAACAAUCCCUAAUCUAUAACUGCAGAGCAAUCCAGACCUCCUAAAUCAGCUGGCUAGUAAACUCAAAAUCCAAAUAAUAUCAAAGGAGCAUAAUAAUAGCAAGGUAUUAAGCCCACAUAAUAACUAAAAGAUUUCUCACAAGAAAAAGAAAGUGAUUAUUUAUCUUAUUUAGAAGACCAAAGUAAAAAAAGUAGCAACAAUAGUAGCGGGUUAAAUAUUGGAACUCCUUAACAAGUUGUUGUAAAUUCUGCAAACGCAAAUAAAGACACAGCUUCUCCCUUCAUAGACUAAAAUUUAGCAAAAAAUUUUAACUAGCCAAAUAUUAAUAAUGAUGAUGGAGAGUUUAAAUUCGAAUCCAGAAGAGGUAACAUGAAAAAAAUUGCAAGGCCUCCUUCCAGUGAUAAAAGGAAUUUACAGUAAAGUGAAUAAAUAACUUCUAUCAGAACAAGUAUCAACGGAUAGUUAGAUACAAAUGUUACAAAUAGUAAUGUAACAACCACUAAAAACCAGAAUUCUGAGUUCUUUAACAAUUUUAAUGAAUUGAUAAAUUAAGGUAGUAUCUAAAAUAAUAAGUUAGAUUUUAAUGAUCCCUUAUUUGGAGAAGUUACAAAUUAAUCUCAGUUACUUCAUCAAAUGCCAAACAAAAUCAGUAGUAAUAACAAUAAUAAUGACUCGAACGAAAACGCUGAGUUAAAAAGACCUGUGUCACGUUAAAAUAAGUCAAAUGUAAAUGAAUAGUUUUAAUCAUCUAAUUAAGCUUCAUCUAAUGUAGAGGAAUCAAACAACUCUAAGCAAUUCAAUUUUUUCAAUAAAAAGAAAAAAUAGGAAGAUCCAUCUUAGGAAAAUAAUAAAUAAUCUUCUUAAAGUGCUAUGAAUUAAAUACAUGAGGAAGAUGAUUUUGAUAAGAUGUUAGGAGCUAAUUAAGCAAUUACUUCAAUUAAACAUAUUGAGAAUCCAAAGAAAAAAAAAGGAAUAUUUGAUGAGGAUGAUGACGACUUAGAUUUCUCAUAAAAUUAAAAAAGUAGAAGAAAAGCAAGUCAGUAGGAUACAAAAGAAUAAAUAGGAUCUGACUUAAAUGAUACUGAACAUGCAAAAAUUAACUUCUUUGAACCAGGAAAAGUUAAUUUUGAUUUCUAGCCUCCUAAGAUAAACUUUUCUAAAACUGCAGGGAUAUAGACUUUUUCUAAGAAAAAUAUUUAGAGCCUAAGUGGAAUUGAAGUUCAGGAUAUAAAAAGACUUCUUUUUAAUCAGUCAUAAAAUAAAUUUCUUCCAGCUUCAUGGUCAUAAGGAUUUAUUUUGAAUGAAAAUGAUGAUUGUUUUUAUGGCCUUUUCUAAAAGGAAGGUGGUCCUUGUGGAGUCAUUGCCUGCGUUUAAGCUUUCUAUUUAAAAUAUUUAUUUUUUGUCUAUCCAACAACAUCACAAACAGCAGGGAGAAAUUUAUAAGAUUUCAAAAAUAAGAUAAUAAAAGAAAACUGCUUAGUCGCUGCCUUAGCAGAAAUAUUAUUUAACUGCAGAGGAGAUGAUGGAGUUAUCCGCUUUGCAAUUAUUUAAAAUUAAUCAGGUGCUAACAGUUCUUCAUAAUCUGCCCCUAUAGAUUGCUGUGGAUAUAUUUCAACAAAGGUUUAAACUAUAGAGUAAGCAUAUGAAGCAUUACAUGCUUAUAAAUCAGACUACAUUGGAUAGCACAAUUAAGGCGUCACAACUUUUCUUUAUAGUGUUAUAUUAACAAAAGGAAUCAAAGCUAUUUAAGAAGAAAUGGAUAGCUCUGAAAAUGCACUAAUAGGGCAUCAUGGUCAUUGUUCAUAAGAAUAAGUUAAUUUAUUCUUGACAGGUAAAGCACGUUCGAAUUGUUUUGAUGGAGAAAAAGUAUUAGAUGGUGAUUACAAACUUAAAGGAAUAGACAGCCGCUCUUAAUUUGGUUUUCUUACAAUAUUUGAGCAUCUUAAGUAUAUUGAGGUAGGUUCCUAUUUAAAAACUCCCCUUUUUCCCAUAUGGAUAAUUUGUAAAGAGUAUCAUUACUCAGUAAUUUUUGCAAAAGAUUUUAGAGCUAAUGAAAAAGCUUAACAACCACACUUUGAUUUAGUAUACUACGAUGAAUUGUAUAAUCCAUAAGAUAGAAUUAUUUUAACCGUUACAUAGAAAAAAUAUGCAAAAUCAAAUUAUAUUUCUUCACAAUCUUCAGACUAACAACACUUCUUAUUUAACAAAAAAAAUGACGAAGAUGAUGAUAUGAUUCCUGUAAUUGAGCUUGUAAUGCGUACAAAAUGGGGUAAAGAGAUAAAAGUUGAUUGGAAUGGUACAUAACCUAUAUUAUGA